ACCUUUGGUUCCAGGCAGUGCAGCGAGCCGGCAGCACCAAGGAUCUUCCGGGGAGAGAAGUGGGUGCAUCGCCAUGGCCGCAGCGCCGCUCCUGAAGCACUGGCGUACCACUUUUGAGCGGGUGGAGAAGUUCGUGUCUCCCAUCUACUUCACCGACUGUAACCUCCGCGGCAGGCUCUUCGGGGACAGCUGCCCGGUGACACUCUCCAGCUUCCUAAUGCGGGAGAGGCUUCCCUACAAGGAGGCGGUGCAGCAGAACUUCAGCCCUGCGCAGGUCGGCGACAGCUUCGGACCCACAUGGUGGACCUGCUGGUUCCGGGUAGAACUGGUCAUCCCCGAAGCAUGGGUGGGCCAGGAAGUGCAUCUUUGCUGGGAAAGUGAUGGAGAAAGCCUUGUCUGGCGUGAUGGAGAACCUGUCCAGGGUUUGACCAAAGAGGGUGAAAAGACCAGUUACGUCCUGACCAGUAAGUUGGGAGGAGGAAACCCCCGGAGCUUGACCCUCUAUGUGGAAGUAGCCUGCAAUGGGCUUCUGGGGGCCGGGAAGGGAAGCAUGAUUGCAGCCCCUGACCCCGAGAAGAUGUUCCAACUGAGCAAAGCUGAGCUGGCUGUCUUCCAUCAUGAUGUCCACAAGCUCCUGGUGGACCUGGAGCUGCUGCUGGGUGUGGCCAAGGGCCUCAGGAAGGACAACCAGCGCAGUUUCCAGGCCUUGUAUACAGCCAAUCAGAUCGUGAAUGUGUGUGACCCUGCCCAGCCAGAGACCUACUAAGCAGCCAAGGCCCUAGCCUCCAAGUUCUUUGGCCAACAUGGAGGUGAAAGUCAACAUACCAUCCAUGCCGUGGGCCACUGUCACACUGAUACAGAGGGUUGGGCUGGGGGUGGGGAACACAGUUACCUCAGCUUAAGGACUCUCUCACCCAAGACUGAUGGUUCUGUGACUCUGGACAAUGGCAUCAUCCGGGUGAGACUGGAUCCAACUGGCUGCCUUACUUCCCUGGUCCUGGUGGCUUCUGGCAGGGAGGCCAUUGCCGAGGGUGCCCUGGGGAACCAGUUUGUGCUGUUUGAUGAUGUACCGCUGUACUGGGAUGCGUGGGAUGUCAUGGAUUAUCAUCUCGAGACACGGAAGCCUGUGCGGGGCCAGGCAGGGACCCUGGUGGUUGGCACUGAAGGUGGCCUUAGGGGCAGUGCCUGGUUUCUGCUGCAGAUCAGCCCCACUAGUCGGCUCAGCCAGGAGGUUGUGCUGGACGUUGGUUGCCCCUAUGUCCGCUUCCACACUGAGGUGCACUGGCAUGAGGCCCACAAGUUCCUGAAGGUGGAGUUCCCUGCUCGCAUACGGAGCCCCCAGGCCACCUAUGAGAUCCAGUUUGGGCACCUUCAGAGGCCUACCUACUAUAACACCUCUUGGGACUGGGCUCGAUAUGAGGUGUGGGCCCACCGCUGGAUGGAUCUGUCCGAGUGUGACUUUGGGCUGGCCCUGCUCAACAGCUGCAAGUAUGGGUCGUCAGUCCGAGGCAAUGUCCUCAGCCUCUCACUCUUGCGUGCACCCAAGGCCCCGGAUGUUACUGCUGACAUGGGGCACCAUGAAUUCACUUAUGCCUUGAUGCCACACAAGGGUUCCUGCCAAGAAGCUGGUGUUAUCCAUGCUGCCUACAACCUCAACUUCCCCCUGCUGGCACUGCCAGCUCCAGGCCCGGCACCUGCCACCACCUGGAGUGCCUUUUCUGUAUCUUCGCCAGCAGUAGUGCUGGAGACCAUCAAGCAGGCGGAGAAGAGCCCUGACCACCGCACUCUGGUUCUAAGGCUGUACGAGGCCCACGGCAGCCACGUGGACUGCUGGCUGUACACAUCUUUGCCGGUUCAGGAGGCCAUCCUUUGUGACCUCCUGGAGCAGCGCGACCCGACUGGUCACCUGACCCUGCAGGACGACCGCCUGAAGCUCACCUUUUCUCCCUUUCAAGUGAGGUCCCUGUUGCUGGUGCUGCAGCCUCCACCUAACUGACUCGUGUCUGCGGAAAGCUUUGGGAACUCUCCGGUCCACCUUCCCAGCCCGAAACACGCAUCUGGGCAAUAAAUGCUUACACUGGCAGCCCCGUG